AUUUCGUCUCCCCUGCGUCUCUUCCUCUCUACUCCUCGCCUCUCCCUUCUCCGGUCUCUAAUGGUCGGCCGCCUCCGCAGCAAACACCCCGUGUAUCAACGCUCCCUCACAAACCCCUCGCCGCUUCCACACCGAAACGUUCACCGCCACACCACCCCCUCUCUCCCGAUCCCUCUCGAAAGAUUCUUUCUCUCUAAACCUUUCUCCUUCUCCGAUCUUCAAAAACCCCCAUGCCAUCCCAAUUCCCAUCCCCAAAUCCGCUAAUUUUGUAUUUUAUCGAUUGGAUUUUCUUCUGAAACCUUUCUUCUCCCCAUCUUGAUCACCUUUCCGCUUUUUUUCUCGAUCUUUCGUCGUUUUUUCGGCGCUUUUCUUCGAAUUCCUGAAGAAAAACCGGCGAGCCAUGAAGAUGGAGAAGCAGAAGGAGAAGGAGAUGGAUAUUCUCUGGGACGAGAUCCCCCAUGCAACAUCGCCCCAUCAUCAUCAUCACCUCCCCAUUACUCACACCGACGAUCGUAGCGCCGCCGCAGGCGACAACCCCUGGCAUGGGCAGCCGGUGCCUUAUGACAUGUAUGUCGGCGCCGCCCUGCCGCAGCACCAUGGGCAUGCGCAUGGCAACUGGUUGAUGUCGCAAGGGGCGUCGUCAUCGUCGGGGUCGAGCUCGAUGUCCAGCGACGACGGGCUGCGCCGCUCGACGGUGCCUGGCAGCCACCAGCAGAUGGAGGAGCUCGGCUUUCUUGAUCGCCUCGAUUCCAUGCAUGUCGGUAACGGCCUCGGGGAGGCGGGGAUCGGGCGGCUCGGGAACGGCCCGGCCGACCCUAAUGUUCUCCAGAGCGGCUACGGCAAUGCCAGUGCGUGGACACCCUUCCAAGAGGAUUACAGAGUUGUUCGCCACUCCAUUCCACGGAGCACGAUGCCGUUUGACGACGAGCGAAGGUUUCUGGAGUUGGUCUACCAGCGCCAUUACUCUAAUUUACUUGACUCGUGGCUCCAAGCCCGGCGGUCCGGCGCCCCAGUUGCCUACCCGACCGGCUUCUAUUUACAACAGAACUGGAAGGACGUGCUGAAUGGCUUGAAUGACUUGCAGCUAGGCAGCAAUGAUGGGUUGGGCCAGAACUCUCACCACGGGGGAGUUUAUGAUGGCAAUCCGGUGACGGCUCUUUACGGGGCUUCGGCUGCUGAAGCCUUCCCGCAGCAGGGCGGAGUCGAUCUUAAUUGGAACGUCGGUUUCUUGAAUUCACCGAGGUUGCCGGUGAUGAAUGGGGGGGCUGAGGCAGGGAUGCCGGCGAAUGGUUGCGUUCCGCAGUCCCAACCGCAGAUAAGAAACCUCAGAAAUGUUGAAGCUUUUGGCUGCGAGGAUAGUUUAAUUAUACAGGGGAAGGGGCUGCCCUCUGUGGGGGACAAUAGAAGGGAGUUCCAGAGGGAGCACAAGAAGUUGCCACGGCUCGAUGACUGGCUGCAUGUGAUGAGGAGGAGCUCUGUUGUCAAUGUGGAUGGUGUCCACAGUCCGAGGCGUCCGUGCUCGCAGCUUUCGCCCCUUAAACAUGAUUAUUUGUUGGAUUUUGAAUGGUAUAUUUACAACAUUGCAAAAGACCAGCAUGGGUGCCGGAUCCUGCAGCGGAAGUUUGACGAGGGGAAGCCUCACGAAGUGGAUAUGAUUGUUAAUGCGAUCAUCAAUCAUGUGGGCGAGCUCAUGGUGAACCCUUUUGGGAAUUAUCUCAUGCAGAAGCUGCUGGAAGUUUGCACUGAGGAUCAGAGGAUGAAGAUACUUAUUGUGCUCACGAAAGACCCCGCUGAGCUCAUCAGGAUCUCGUUGAACACUCAUGGGACAAGGGCAGUGCAGAAAUUGAUAGAGACCCUCAAAACCCCGCCGCAAAUUGCACUGGUGAUUUCUGCCCUUCAACCAGGGUUUCUAGACCUUAUCAAGGACUUGAAUGGCAAUCAUGUGGUCCAGCGUUGCUUGCAAUCUCUCGCACCGGAAGACAAUAAGUUUAUUUUUGAUGCUGCUGCUGAGCAUUGUGUUGACAUUGCGACUCAUCGUCAUGGAUGUUGUGUCUUGCAACGUUGCAUAGGCCAUGCCACUGGAGAACAUCAAGCAAAGCUAGUUGCUGAAAUUUCUGCUAAUGGGCUUUUCCUUGCUCAAGAUGCUUUUGGAAAUUACGUUGUUCAGUAUAUCCUAGACCUAAAAAGUCCAUCAGCAACUGCAACUUUGGCAUCCCAAUUUAAAGGACAUUAUGUAAACCUCUCGACACAAAAGUUCAGCAGCAAUGUGGUGGAAAAGUGCCUCAAAGUUUUUGGAGAAGAAUACCGAGCACAAAUUAUUGUGGAAUUGCUUUCAGUCUCUCGAUUUGAUCAGUUACUGCAGGACCCUUAUGCAAAUUAUGUCAUUCAAUCUGCCCUUGGGAAUUCCAAGGGAUCUCUCCAUGCUGCACUGGUCGAAGCCAUCCGUCCUCAUGCUGCAAUCCUUCGAACCAGCCCAUAUUGCAAGCGGAUCUUCUCCCGAACAAUGCUGAGGAAGUGAUGUGCAUUUUGGAUGGUAAAGGGCCGUGUUGUUGUCCCCUGUUCACUAAUAGACUAUCAACGUAACCUCCUGAUUAAGUGUUCUCAACUGAAAGAGUCUGAGAAUACCCGUUGUCAAGUUUUGGUGUCCUUUUGCUGUUAGUUAUGCGUGAGGGUGUAGUGUUGUAAAAAGAAGCAAUUUUCCUUCCAGCUACCUUGGUACGUAUGUAAUGUGGGUAUAUUGUGCAUCGACUGUAUUAUUGUCUGCUGUGACUUUGAUGACCAGAACUAUGAUUAUCCUCCUGUCUUAUAACAGUUGCAUCAUAUGCAAUUGUACAAUGUAGUAGCAGUACGGUUCCCUAGUCCUGGCUCAAGCCGAUGUUAGACAUUGAUGUUCUGGAUAUUAUAAGAUAUUAGCUGUUGUUGGAUUGUUC